AUGGUGUGGGCGGAGCUACUUCCUCUUCCGGGCAAAUGGCUUCCGCAAAAUGGUAUACCGAUUGGCUGUAACGGGACGCUGCUAUUAGAAGGCACAGCAACUACUUUGUCGGACAUCAGGCUCCUUUUCUUUGCGUUGUUUCCCUAUUCUAUCAUUCUUCAUUUCGCUCAUUUUAUUUCCUUCCAUGGAAGGAAAACCGCAGCUUCUUUAUCUUCCAUUUCUUUUUGGAAAUUUUUCCAUUUCUUUCUUUCUUUCUUUCUUUCUUUUUGUCGCCUAUUCCUUUUAUUUCCACUUGGAGUCAAUACACGACUUUUUCAUUCCUUCUUUAUACCUUUCGUUCAUUCAUUACGACCUUUUAUUUUUAAUUCUUUCCUUCUGCCCCCUUGCUUACAUCUAUUCAUGACUCCCCUACCCCGCCUUUCUACCUUCUUGCUUCAUUCUUUCAUUAUGCAUGUUUUUUUUUUAAUUAUUCCUGCUUUACUUCUAUUCAUUCAUUUACGAGUCUCAUUUUUUUUCAUUCAUUCAUUACAUGCCGUUUUUCAUUCCUUCUCAUUGUGCUCUUGCUUCUAUUCCUCGAUUUCGCCCUUUUAUUUCGUCCUUCUUAAUGUCUCUGCUUUCAUUCAUUCAUUUUUAUUCAUUCUUUCUGACCGUCUUGCUUUAAAAAUAUACCUUAUAUUCCCUUUUUCAUUCUUUCCUUAUACAUCUGCGCUUUCAUUCAUUCAGUACGUUCCAUUUUCAUUCUACAUUUCUGUGUCCUGGCUUCUAUUCAUUAAUUACGCCCCCUUUUUCAUUCCUUCUUUAUACACCUUUCUUCAAUUUCAUUCAUUACUCCCCAUAUUUUUCUUCUUUCUUUAUGUCUCUUUAAUUCAUUCUUUACGUCCUAUUUUUUAUUCAUUCUUAUUGCUUCAUUGCUUUCAUUCAUUAUUGAUGUCCACUUUUUACUUCUUUUUUAUGCCACUUUACUUUUAUAUAUUGACAACACCUCAUUUUGCAAUCCUUCUUAAUGCCCCAUUGCAUUCAUUCAUUCAUUACUCACCCUUUUUUUCUUUCCUUCUUUAUGUCUCUUUGGCUUUAGUCAUUCAUUACACCCCGUUUUUCAUUCAUUCUUCCUGGCCACCUGCAUUCAUUCUUCCCACCGCCCAUCUUUUCCUUCCUUUGUUAGGCCUCUUUGCUUUUAUUCAUUCAUUACGUCGUUUUUCAUUCAUUCUUACUAAACCCCUUGCUUUCAUUCAUUCAUUAACCUGCCAUUUUUUUCAUUCCUUCUUUAUGCCGCUUUUCUUUCUUUCAUUCAUUACGUCCAAAUUUUCAUUUUCUUCAUAA